AUGGUCGUCGGACUUUUUCUGGUUCCCCGACUGAAUCUCAGCACUCAAUCAUCGUUUGAUGCACUUGCUAAAGUCGCAGUCAUUGUGGGUCCGAUCGAGCCAGCGGAUAUAGAAAUAAAGCCAGCAUCCAGGAAGAAUCUGGAUUUCCAAGACAUUCAGGACAACAAAGACAUACAAUUCCAGGACGAGUUGGACUCUUUUGGAAUUCCAAGUUUCAAGAGAGAACUCAGAGGACCUAGACAACCAGGACUUUUAAGAUAUCCAGUCAUUCUGGGAGAUAUGGAGUCCCAAGAGCUGACUGAUAACAAGGAGCCAGGAGAGAAAGGACUUCCAACUCCGGUAGAAGCUCCUGACCUCCACGGAGAGAAGUGA